AAUCUGCGCUACAGGCGUACAAAAUGCUUAAAUCGGCUAGUACAAGCCAAGUGCAACAAAAGUGUGGUGGCGACGGAAUGGGAGAACGGAUAGAAAUUAUGGAAGUCGAUGAAAGAGAGCUUGGUAAGGAUACGGCUGGACAUGCAACUGACGAACUUUCGUGCAAAAUCGUUUCUGGUGUCAGUGAAUCUGAAAGUUGGGAGGAAACCGAUGAAAAAGAUGAGAGCGAAGAGAUUGUGAGAGUUAAUGCAGUAAGUAAGACGAGUAAGGCUGCCUCUAUUUCAAACACCAGCCGUCUUAGCUAUCAAAGCUCGCUUGGAAGUUUUCUUCCUUCAAUUUUAUCAAGUGAGCAAGGCGACCUGCAAUUUGAUGAGGACGAACUUGCGGAAAAAAUUGCUACUAAGGUGGCACAAAAGUUGAGUGGUAACCCUAAAUCAGCCAAUCAACAAGUUCAACAACUACAUACAAUUCCACAUCGAGUACCGCACUUCGAUCUUCCAAUUUGA